AUGUCCAAGAGACUUUCAGUUGAGACUUCCAGUGCUGCUGCGUCCUCAUUGUUCCAACAGUGUACACCGUUUGGGAUGAGCAUAAUCUCAGCUGGAUUUCAACGCUCAGCUCAACUUCUCGAAAUGAGCUCGUUACAUCCUGAGAAAACUAGAGAACAAAUCCUGGAACAGGCUGACCAGGAAUGGAUUCCAGGAACCGUCUUCCUGGUCGAUGUUGACCGUUCGUUAGCUGUGCAGCACGAGGGCCAAUCUGAUAUUGUUUUGAUCCCCCAGCCAUCGAAAGACCCAAACGACCCAUUGCGCUGGUCCCAAACAAAGAAAAACAUCCAGUUUGCGAUCUUGUUCUACUGGUCCUUCAUGACUUCGGUUGCCACAAAUUGGAAUGGACCUGUUUGGGGUAUUUGGGUGGAAAUAUUUGAAACUUCAUACUCUGUGUUGAAUGACACAUCUGCCGUUUGUUGGUGUUUCCUAGGCCUAGGGUGUUUGUUUUUACAACCAACAGCAAUGACUCUUGGUAGAAGAUGCGUGUAUCUUUUUGCAACUCUUAUUCAAACUCUAGGCAAUGUUAUGGGUGGUGUGGCAAAGAACGUUGGAGUUCUCUAUGGUGUAAAUAUCAUGACAGGGUUUGCUGGUGCCCCAUGUGACUCUUUGGUUCAGAUUUCCACGACCGAUAUCUUUUUCCAGCAUGAAAGAGCAACAAGAAUCUCACUUUUGACGUUUGCCCUCUACUCCGGCUCGUACCUCGGCCCUAUAGCCGCAGGCUAUAUUGUCGAGAACAACCGUUUCGGAUGGAGAUGGUGCUACUGGUUCUUGGUCAUCUUCUUCGGCGCAUUACUUGCUCUCCAGGUUGUCUUCAUGGAAGACUCGACUUUCGUAGGCCAGAGAGAAAAUGAAACUGAGGUUGAGAAGGAGAUCAUUGCCCAGGUUAUCAGUAAAGAAGAAGGCCAGGUGUAUGUUAGUGCUUCUUCUGAAAAAGACCAGAAUGUUACUGUUUUCGAGGAGAAGGACUUUGCUGCACCGCUCGACAUUCCAACCCAGAGAACAUACAUGCAGAGAAUGGGCCUUAUCGAGCGCAAGUACAACGACAAAAGACCAUGGUGGAAGAUCUUUAUCCGUCCAUCGUUGACGCUGGCCUUACCUGCCAUUGUUUGGGGUGGAUUUGUCUACGGCGUGCAGGUCAUGUGGUUGUCGCUUAUUGCCACCACGCAAUCCGAAUUCUUCUCCGUUGCGCCAUACAACUUCAGCACGGCUGCUGUCGGUGACACAAAUUUCUCCUCGUUGAUCGGCUGUUUCAUAGGCAUGUUCUGGGGUGGCCCACUUUCGGAUAAGUUUGUUGCCUGGAAGGCCAGAAGAAACAACGGUGUCAUGGAGCCGGAGUUCAGACUAUGGUUCUUGAUCUUACCUGCUAUCAUCAACUCCGGUGGCUUGCUCAUGUACGGCUUGGGUGUCAACGCGGGAGUACACUGGAUUCUUCCAGCCGGCUUUGGCAUGGGCUGUCUUGGCUUUGGCAUGGGCUCCGGAGGAGCCAUUGUUCUUACCUACGCGUUGGACUGCUACCCGCAACUACAGAGCGAAGGCAUGGUCAUGAUACUCUUUUUGAGAAACAUGAUCGGUAUGGGGUUCACCUUCGCCAUCCAGCCAUGGUUAGACACCGAUGGUAUGGUGACCACCACCUGGUUGAUGUUCAUGCUCUCUGUUGUCUUCAACAUGAGCUGUUUGAUCUUCAUCAUGUGGGGUAAGAAGUGGAGAAAAAUGACCAAGAACCUCUACUUGAAGUUCUCCGACCCUCAUUUUUUCUUGUGA